GUGUUGUUAGUAUAUAUAAUUUUGCUUUUAUGAUGUUGGCAGAAGAAGAAGCCUACUAAUUUUAUUCAGCAUGAUGAUAGGCCCUAACAUCUUAAUUAUUUUUCAUGUUGUGAGUAAUUUAUUAUUCAUUGGGUAUCUUCCCUGUAAAUCUUGUCCUCCCUCUGUAAGAUUUUUCUUUGGUGUCCAACAAAGGGUUUCAUUGCAAUAAGAAUCAAGGUGUGUCUAUGUUCUUACCCAGAGCUCAAACAAUGCCAGCCUUCCAGACCAGCCCAAGAGUUUGGGGUGGGGAAACAGAGUCAUUAUAGAACAUCUUCAUUCCUCUGCCCAGAAAGCACCAGAGUUAUCACCCAUGCCCUCCUAAAAGGGCAUCUUAAAGCACAUCUUGCUGCAGAGCCGAAUUCAGAACCCAGAAGACUAGGACUAAAAUCAAAUUUCAUCCGGGUUCGUGUGCAAGAAAGACCUGAAGGAAUGGAUUGGCUCCUUUUCAGGAACAUCUGCCUUUUGAUCAUUUUAAUGGUGGUGCUAGAAGUAAACAGCGAAUUUAUUGUUGAGGUGAAAGAAUUAGACAUUGAAAAUGGCACUACAAAAUGGCAGACAGUCAGAAGACAAAAGCGGGAGUGGAUCAAGUUUGCUGCUGCCUGUCGAGAAGGAGAGGACAACUCCAAGAGGAAUCCGAUUGCCAGAAUCCGAUCAGACUGUGAAGCGAACCAGAAGAUUACAUACCGCAUCUCUGGGGUAGGAAUUGAUCGACCACCUUACGGAGUGUUCACCAUUAAUCCUCGGACUGGGGAAAUUAACAUCACUUCAGUGGUGGACAGAGAGAUAACCCCACUUUUCUUGAUCUAUUGCCGGGCUCUGAAUUCACGGGGUGAAGACUUAGAAAGACCUCUUGAGCUUAGAGUCAAAGUUAUGGACAUAAAUGAUAACCCUCCAGUUUUUACCCAAAAUGUGUACACAGCCAGCAUUGAAGAAAACAGUGAUGCAAACACACUGGUUGUAAAGUUAAGUGCCACAGAUGCAGACGAAGACAAUCAUCUGAAUUCUAAAAUAGCCUAUAAGAUCAUCUCUCAAGAGCCAGCAGGGGCACCAAUGUUCAUCCUGAACAGGUACACUGGAGAAGUCCGCACGAUGUCCAGUUUCCUUGACAGAGAGCAACACAGUAUGUAUAAUCUUGUGGUAAGGGGCUCAGAUCGAGACGGAGCUGCAGACGGACUGUCUUCUGAGUGCGACUGUAGAAUCAAGGUUUUAGAUGUCAAUGAUAACUUCCCCACUUUGGAGAAAACUUCCUACUCAGCAAGUAUUGAAGAGAAUUGUCUAAAUUCGGAGCUGAUACGAUUACAAGCAAUUGAUCUUGAUGAAGAAGGCACCGAUAAUUGGCUCGCAAAAUAUUUAAUUCUCUCCGGAAAUGAUGGGAAUUGGUUCGAUAUUCAAACAGACCCACGAACCAAUGAGGGCAUUUUGAAAGUCGUCAAGAUGCUGGAUUAUGAACAAAUGCCUAAUAUUCAUCUUAGUAUUGGAGUUAAAAACCAAGCUGAAUUUCACCACUCAGUUGCUUCUCAAUUCCGAAUGCACUCAACCCCUGUGAGAAUUCAGGUUGUUAAUGUGAGAGAAGGACCCACAUUUCAUCCAAAUUCCAUGACCUUCAGUAUUCGAGAAGGAAUAAAAGGAAAUUCCUUAUUGAAUUAUGUGCUUGGCACAUAUACAGCUAUAGAUAUGGACACAGGGAAUCCUGCAACAAAUGUCAGGUAUAUCAUAGGACAUGAUGCAGGCAGCUGGUUAAAAGUAGAUUCAAGGACUGGUGAGCUACAGUUGUCUAGGGAAUUUGAUAAGAAGUCAAAAUAUAUUACCAAUGGGAUAUACACAGCGGAGAUCCUGGCUGUAGAUGAUGGCUCUGGGAAAACAGCAACAGGAACCAUAUGUAUCGAAGUUCCUGAUGUUCAUGAUUACUGUCCAGUCAUUUUUGCUGAAAGUAAAUACAUCUGCAUUGCCUCUCCAUCGAUCCUUAUCUCUGUUUAUGAUCAUUCUUACGGGGCUCCCUUUACCUUCUGUGUGGCUGAACAGCCACCAGGGACAGCUGACUUAUGGGAUAUCAGAUCAAUAAAUGCUACUUCUGCAAUCCUGACGGCUGAGCAGCUUUUAUACGCCACAGUUUACCAAAUCCCAAUCAUCGUGAAGGACAGCUUUAACAGAGCAUGUCAAUUGCCACAGAUUGUGGAGUUAGAGGCCUGUGAUUGUGACUACAACCACAUAUGUUUGUACUCUAGUACCACAGGCAUCAACACAGGGGAUGGCAGCUCGGUUACCAGUGAUAUAGAUGGGACCAUCACUGAAGACCAAAUUGAGGGUUCAAAUGUUGGUCUUGGACCAACAGGGAUUGGCAUGAUUGCCCUGGGACUCUUACUACUGCUUUUGGCGCCCCUCCUGCUCCUCAUGUGUUGCUGCAAACGAAGACAGCCCGAAGGCCUGGGGACGAGGUUUGCUCCCGUGCCAGAGGGGGGAGAUGGAGUGAUGCAGGCCUGGGGAAUAGAAGGGGCCCGCCCGGAGGACAGGGAUGUGUCAAAUAUAUGUGUACCAAUGACAGCCUCUAAUACCCAGGAUCGUAUAGAUUCUUCUGAAAUCUACACUAACACCUACGCGGGCGGAGGAACGGUUGAAGGGGGUGUGUCAGGAGUGGAACUGAACACAGGCCUUGUGACGGCCGCUGGCAUGGCGGCCGGAGGUUCAGCAGGAGCUCGACGGAGGAGGAGUUCCACAAUAGGAACCCAGUGGGAAUAUGCAGACACAGGCCUGAACAUGGCUUUCCUGGACAGUUAUUUCUCUGAGAAAGUCUAUGCUUAUGCAGAUGAGGAUGAAUGUCGGCCUGCAAACGACUGCUUGCUCAUUUAUGACCACGAGGGAGUAGGGUCUCCUGUUGGCUCCAUUGGUUGUUGCAGUUGGAUUGUGGAUGAUUUAGAUGAAAGCUACAUGGAAACUUUAGACCCAAAAUUUAGGACUCUGGCUGAAAUCUGCUUAGACACAGAAAUUGAACCAUUUCCUUCACAGCAGACCUGUAUACCUAUCAGUACUGACCUGCCUUUGCUGGGGCCUAAUUAUUUUGUUAAUGAAUCUUCAGGAAUGACCCUCUCAGAAGCUGAAUUCCAGGCAGAAAUGGCAAUACCGGAACCCAUGAUCCACGGGGAUAUCGUAGUGACAGAGACUUACACAACAGCUGACCCAUGUGUGCAACCCACAACAAUUGUUUUCGAUCCUCAGCUUGCACCCAAUGUUGUAGUGACCGAAACAGUAAUGGCACCUGUCUAUGACGUUCAAGGGAAUAUCUGCAUACCUGCUGAGUUAGCCAACACGCACAAUGUAAUCUAUGCCGAGAGAGUGCUGUCUAGUCCUGGUAUGCCUGACACGAGCAACGGUAGCAUGACUGAUGGCUGUAUGGGGCCUGUAAUGAGUGGCAGUAUUUUGGUAGGGCCAGAAAUUCAAGUGACACAAAUGAUGAGUCCCAACAUUCACGUAAGUCAAACCACUGGCUCCACAUCUCCAAUGACAUCUCGACACAGAGUAACACGAUAUAGUAACAUACAUUACUCCCAACAGUAAGUGCUUUUGGUCAGUAUUCUAUAUGGACACCUUGCACCUAGUGAUCACCAACAUAUCCAUCAAAGAUGUAUAAUGUACUAUAUUUAACAUUUUAGCAGCCGACAAAUAUUUGAACAUUCUAAGAUCAAUGCCACUCUUUGAAUAUAUCUUUGGGGCGGGGGGAGAAUAUGGCUAAGCACUUUAGAUAAGCCUUUUGUAAUUCUUUCUGGUUUUAAAUAAUGUGCCAAAAAACUUAAAGAAAAUAUUUUAUAUCCUUCGAUACUGUCUAAUAAAUAGCACAUAACUCAUAAGGUGAAUCUUAGAGGUCUUCAGCCCUAUAGGACUGGUCAUGUGAACCAGGAUGCUCUUGUUCUUAGAGGUUGCAAAAGAAAUCUUGCCUGCAUUUGCCAGGCAAAUACCUUUAGAGAAAUAUUUCUAUUAAAAAUUUUUAAUUGAAAAAGUGAAUGAAGUAUACAUUUCUGAAAGAAGAUUUAAGAGGAAAAUAGAGCAUCUAUCAUUAGACAUCUGAAGUCAUUUGUUCGGUUUUUCAAGAUAUGCAAUAUUUAGGGCAUGGUUAAUAUAAUACAGGGAAAGUGUUUGCCAGCUGAAUGCACCACUGAAAAUGGUUCACCGAAAAGAAUUAUAUAUAUAUAAAUAGAUAUGCAUAUAUACAUAAAUCAAUAUGGAUGAAUGUGUAUCGCACUUUAUUGAUUUAUAUCAGUAACUGUAAAAUAAUUUGUGAUAGUCAAAAGAAUUAUGACAAUGAUGAAGUAUAAACAGUUCUUAGGGAAAGUAUUAGAGUAUUUCCUUCUUAAGGGGAAUGUUUUCUCUAUUCUUGCUAAUUAUGUCAAAAAACCAUAUGAAAUAUGGUUUACUCGGUUUCAGUGACCUGAGUCAUAGAGCUUUCAUUUGGCAAUCAGAUAGUCUCCAAAGCACCUCUGUAGUCAUGCACGUAUUCAACAAUAUUUACUUAGAAGCUAUUAUGUGUGGAGUGUUGGUCUUGUCUCCGUGAAUAUAUAGGGGAAGAAGACAAACAUGAUUUCUCACUUCAUAGAACUUCUAACUCAUUUCUAGACUUAAAACCCUGGGGAUACAGCUUUGGGUUCCUACCAAGAAUAAGUAACAAAAUAUUUAAGUCCACUACCAAGUUGUGUUUCUCUUUUUAACAUUGCUGCUUCUGCUGAAUGAAUGAAAUGGAAACACUUGCACAGAUUGCUACUCCUUGUAGGUAUAAAGUGGGCUUGUGAAAGAGAGGUUCUAGCAAGAUAGUUUUAUUUAAUUCUGUAAAAUAUGUAAACUGUAUACUGGUAACUAUAAUAUGACCAGUAAGACAAUGUAAAUGAAAUAAACUUAUUGUCAGGGCUUAUUCCUUUUGGAAGGAAAUAACCUCAUUGCUUCUUGAUUUGUUCCUUUAUAACUAAAACUAGUGUAGAAUUUGGAGCAUCACACAUAACCUCUUGCCCAAUUCUCUUAUUUGACAGAAGAGGAAUCUAGAACUAGAGAGGUAAAAUGACCACAACCUGCUGGUUGUGGUACAAUGUGGUACAAAACCUUGAGGCCAUUGCUUGGGCAUUCUGGCCAGUGUUUCAAUGUUGUAACUUCAUCAGACACGGAGAGGAUCUAGUUUGGUCUGUUGCAGGGUCUUUGCUAUUUCCUACUUGGAAGAAAAACUAUCUCUCAAAAAAAAAAAAAUGGGUUUUGUGAAGUUUAAAUGCUGAAUGGCUAGAACGGUAUAAUGCCAGAAGGUUAUUUACAUGUUUUCUCAUCUUUUCCAAAUCACGUGUGUUACCAGUUGUUAUAGUCAUUCUUUACCGUAGUUAUUCACAACCAAGAUUCUGCUACAUUUCAUAACUCCAUAAUUUGACGAAUCCAUAGGGUAGCCAAGGAGCAUCAGUACCGUGGUCAUUUUAACAGUCCCAGCCACGUAACAUCUCACAUGCACUCAGUCCUGUGGCAUAUCCUGAUGUGGAUAUUCUGCUUUUGAACUGUGCAUGUUAUUGGGACAAUAAUUUUAUAAAUUAUGAAAAAAACUAGUAAAUAAUUAAAUGUAAGGUGCUAACAGUAUUAAAACUGAAAAUACUUUAAGACUGAGAAAUUAAGAAAAUAGUACUAAGCAUAAGAAUUUCACCGAAAUCUCUUGUGAGAAGGGUAAGAAAAUUUCUUUGUGAACUUUUCCUUCCAUCAAUACACAAAGAUUUAAGGGUGCUUCCAAAAGAGAAAAUGUACAUCUGGUGGAUGUCUUCCCUAAUACUAUUCAUGGAAACAAGACCAGAACCAUUUCAUUUUCUCUUUUAACAUUAUCAGUGAGGAGAACUCCAUUAUUCCAAGACGGUCAGUAUCACUCAUAUAUGACUUAAAUCUCUGAAAUUGGUAUAUUUUUAAAAUAUCAAACAAAACAGAAAGUGGAAAGCAAGAUUUCCCCUUCACUGCUGAAGAGCUAGGAUACUGAUUUAUGUAGGAGAUAAAGCUGAUACAGCAUUUAUUUUAAGGUUUGAAAAUGAACCCAGAAGCCCAAGAAAUGAGAUUUAAUGAAUAAAUAUAAUAAUGUAUAAUUUCAGUCAUAUCUCUUACCCUAUGCAAUUGCCUGUAGGGAAAGCAUUCAAAUGCAUAAAUGGGUUCUCUCAGAAAAGUCUUGUUAGGUGAAGGGAGAGGAAGACAUUAAGAAAACAGAGUAUUUUAUAACCUUGUUUCCAAAAAAAAAUUAUUUAAAAAAAUUUCCUCUUUUGGAUUAGAUAUUUCUGAUUGCAAUGUAUUCCUGACUGUAAUAGUGUUUUAUAUAUUUCUUCAAUAAAAAAUAUGUGAUAAGGAAAGAAA